CUUUCGGUGUACUUUUCGUUGCGCGGCUGUGGCAGGGUCCCCGCUGAGUGGCUGAGAAAGGUUUACCGUGCCGUUCCUUUCCUUAUCAGCCGCGGAAUGAAGAAUGGCGAAAGAGUAACUUUAGCCCCUGGCGACAAGGUGGAGGAAGUGUCACAUGGUGGUGGGAUGGGAGAUAGAAGUAACUGGAGGUCAUCACCAGGGCAGGCUUUGAGUUCUCCAUCACACACUCAGCUUUUCUGUUUCAAGGCUCUCCUGACCCGUGCGGGGUGGGGGGGGGGGACGAUCCCGCCCCAUUUCCCAUUUCCAGGGCCUGAUAAAAUGUCCCCCAGUGUAGCAGGGGUGCUUCAGUUGUGCUGGAAAUUUGACAGUCACUCACAGGGGAGAAGAGCGUUGCUGAGCUGAGGAGCGCACCACGUUUUGCCAAGAAAGCGGGUAAAGACGAGCCGUCAUGAGUUUCCUGUACUUCUUGGGGCUCUUCCUGGUUGCCCCACCAAGCCUGCAUGCUGGUUCAUCCCUGCGCUUCAUUGCCGUGGGAGAUUGGGGUGGGGUCCCCAAUGCCCCUUUCUACACAGCCCGUGAGGCAGCUGUAGCUAAGGAGAUGGGACUUACAGUGGCUUCAUUGGGGGCUGACUUCAUCUUGUCCCUGGGAGACAACUUCUACUACAGUGGUGUGAACGAUGUCUAUGACAAACGUUUCCAGGAGACCUUUGAGACUGUUUUCCAGGCACCCUCAUUGCGCAAGGUGCCCUGGUAUGUUGUGGCUGGAAACCACGACCACUCAGGGAAUGUCUCAGCCCAGAUUGCCUACAGCAAGAUCUCCAAGCGUUGGCAUUUCCCCAAAUCCUACUACAGGCUAAGGUUCAAAAUUCCGGGCAGCAAUGCCACCAUUGCUAUCCUCAUGAUAGACACAGUGACCAUCUGUGGCAAUUCGGACGACUUCCAGGACGAGCAGCCCUUGGGCCCACGGAAUGUUGGUGUUGCCCGUAGCCAGCUGUCCUGGCUCCGCAAACAAAUGGCCAAUUCCCAGGAUGACUACCUGCUGGUGGCUGGGCACUACCCAGUGUGGUCUGUGGGAAAGCAUGGCCCCACUGCAUGCUUGGUCAAGCAACUGCAGCCAAUGUUGCUGAAAUAUAAAGCUACGGCCUACUUAUGUGGCCAUGAUCACAACCUUCAGUACCUGCAGGACAAAACCGGCGUGGGCCAUGUUUUGAGCGGAGCAGGCAACUUCAUGGACGACUCCAAGCAACACCUCCACCAAGUCCCUAGUGGCUACCUGCGCUUCUUUUAUGGCCAGGUCUCAUCUCAGGGGGGCUUUGCCUACAUUGAGAUUGAUGCCAAAAAGAUGAGCAUCACCUUUAUUGAAGCCACAGGCAAGUCACUCUACAAGACCUCCUUGCCAAGACGGAAGCGUUUUUAAGACAAGACAGACAUCGACAUUGCCUGUUGUAUUCAAUGUCUUGGCUUGUAGGAAAGGGGCACUGCUGGCAUCCCUGGCGCAAGCACACACAGACACACCCCUUCCAGGCUGAGAAUAAGUGUUUAUGGAGAGCAUAAUCAUACAGAGAGUGCUCUAGCACCUCAUCUUUUAGGAAGCAUUCCCACUGCUCCCUCCCCUAUCAUUCAAAAUGUCACAUAUACAAACUAGCUGUGGUUAUGUAUUUCCAUUUGCCUCCUAGUAGAACCUGAUACCUUCCUCCUCCCUCUACACUCAACACAUUCCUCUAGGCAUACUGCCUCUGGAGUAAUAUAAUUUUCUCUGUGGCUCAUGCCUCAAUUUUGAGAUCCUACUAGAUGAAGAGGGAUCAUUGAUCCCGUUCACUUGCCAUCAAUGACUGGUGGCUCCUAUGAACCCCUGUGAGGUAAAGCCAUGUGUAUAAAGUUUCAUUGGCUACACUCACAGCAGGAAUUGAGAGUCCAGCGGUACCAGACUCUGGAUUGAGGCCUACCUAGCCCAAGUUAAAUUCAUAGCCUUGUUUCUGGUUUUAGCUCCAACUCUGAGGUAAGGGCCUCUAUGUAAUCUUGCUAUAUGAGCUGAUGCCAGUGCUGUGUGAAAUAGGAUGGGAAGAACCUAGAGUUCCCACUUGUUUCUUUUCUGACAGAACCUUUAGCACAGGCAGAGGGAAAGGUGGCAACCUCAGAAGAAUCAGGCAGCAUUGGGUGGCCAUCAUUUUGUAUUCUCGUGGUUUGGAAAGCAAAGUGGGGACAGUUCCUUGGCCUGCUUCACAGCGUGUUCCAACAACAUGAUAAAAACUUUACUUUGUAGCGAGCACUUUAAAAACAAUAAUAAAUUAUUGGAGUUGUCAUUAACUCCUAGAGUCUUCACAAAGGAGAAUGAACUUUUGCCUAGUUAAAAUAUCCUUCCUGAAACUAUCUGCAGGGUCAGGGGUUUCAUUUGAAAAUGUUGGAAUUCAGCCAGCUGAUUAGGACUAGGGCUGAAAAUUAACUUUUCUCUUUUCUGAGCUUUUCUCUUUUCUGAUCUGGACUGGGACUGCAACAGGUGAGUGGUUUAGCCCUUUCCUCUGUGUCAUUUUCCUAUCAAAAUUACUUCCCCAAUGGUGGUGUUUGCCCUGGGAAGAAAAGCAUCUGAUUGCAAAUAGCAGCUUCUCUCCCAUAGCAAAUAACUUCAGGGGAAGAGAUUUUGGCUGAGAAAACAGUUCAGAGGGCUUGGGUCAACCCCCUCUCUUUGUGUUGUGAUCCAGAUCAGGGCUGGUUUUGUAAUUAUUAUUCUUCCUUCAAAUGACCAGAUGAAAAUGUGAUAAUGCAUUUAAUGUCAUAUCUAAUUGGACCCUCCAUCAUUUGUCCUACCCCAAAGUGCUGGUGCCAUGACACUCUGCAAAUUGGAGAAUGCUGCUUACCGAUGUGUGCCAAGGGGACAGAUCUUUCUUCUUUUAUGCUGCUGAUAGAUUUCUUCCUUUCUGGAUUUGUCAAUUGACUGUUCUGUUUUGUAUUUGAUUCUGCUCUAGACAUUAACUGCUGUUAAUGCAUUUUAACAUCAUUUGUUUGCCAAGAUUUUUAUUUUUUUGAAAUCAGAGGGUUUCCUGCAAGAUCAAUAAUGAUUCUGUGCCACUGAAAUCCAGUUUUAUUCUGUAUAUGAGCUCCUUUAGAUUUUUCUUUUGGGGGGGGGUAGGAGAGAAUUUAAUUUCAGGAUGUCAUCUUGUGACUGGCAUUUCAAUAAACUACUUUUAGAAUA